GGCUUCUUCUUGCACACGACCCCACCUGCUCCAGCUUAUGAUCAUCUAUCAUGAUCGUGUAUUAAAUAAAACGGCGAUCUACUAUCUAACAAGACCGCUCGGGACGAGCCGCGCCAACUUAAAAAUGCUCGUUGCAUUCGCGACGAUCAUGCCGUAAGUUUUACUUUUUUGCUGGGGUCUGUGCCUGCGUCGUCGGUCCUCUCCUCGUGGCAGGAGGGCUACGCUGGAGAUACUAUGGUCAGGAAGAUCAUGUUGCGGAAACGAGGCGGACGAGAAUCCGGGACCCGCAGAAGCUCCAGAACAAGAUGGAGGACGCGAUACACCAACAAGUGGGCAUAUCCCACAGAAAAGUACACCCCUAGUAUAGUAUCUAUCAGAAUAUAGGGAUGAACAUGAAUUUGAAUGAAAUGAGUGCUGUGUUUUUUCUUUUCAGUUUUAUUAGUGGAGUAUCACUCUUUGGUUGUUUAGCAUGACAAACAAGAUCCCCACGCUGGGGCCUUGUGCCCGUCCCUAGUGGCACUAGUGGGGAAGAAAGCAGCGCUGCGCUGCACGACCCUGUGCAUUCUGGAGGAGCAGGCAUCCGCGUUUUUACGAAAAAGUGCGUUAGUGUCGAGUUUUUGUUGUGGCAAGAUAAAUAAACAGCAGCUCACUUCUAAUUCUCGCAGUCUUUGAUGUCUCCUGCGCUAGUUACAACUACUAGUACAGGUGUGCUUUUCUGCAGGAUAGGGCAAGUUUUCCGCACGACAAGAGGUGCAGCUGGUCCGCGUUUGUGGCCCUGAGUUUUCUGCUCGUUCUCUUCCUGCAUAUCGUGAGAAGAAAUUGUCUCGGUCCCAGCGCGUAAAAAUGUUGCAAUGAUUUUUCCCAAUUUAAAAAUUCCUAUGAGACGCUCCUUUUUUGAUGUGAUGCAUAAAAAUGCUCCACAUGCAUCUGCAAUAAAGGUAGUUUGAGACCUCUGAGCCAGUUUUUUCUCGUGAUGCUGCAGGCUGGUAAUGUUUAUUUCAAAUGUUCUUGCCCGUUUUUAUUAUUGUUUCCCUCCGCCUUCCGUGUGUCAACAUCCAGACAACGUCCCAGGCGCGGCCGCCCCGGACUGGCAACUACGCCAGCAGCGCGGAGUCACUUAUCU